AUGUCGCGCCUCGCGAUCUGCUUGCUGUCCGCGUACAUCGUCUGUCAGUGUUUGACGGCUGGCCGCGAGAUCGGUAACGAGUACGAGGACCUAGCGACAGCCGCCUCCCAUCAUCAUCACGAGAAAGGUGGCGGAGACGAGCACCAUUCCGACCAUCAUCACAGUCACGGGGAUAAAGGCGACAAGGGCUACAAAUCGUCCCACCACGACGAGAAAGGGGAGAAGGGCCAUCACGACAAAGACGGACACCACGGGCACUACGAGGAGGACGACGGCCACAAGAAGAGCCAUCAUCACGACGACGGUUACUACUCCGAGCAUCACAAGGGCGAGAAGGGCGAGAAGGGACACAAAUUCCACGAGGAGGGCCACUACGGGAAAGGGCACAACACCAAGGGACAUCACGAAGUUCACAAGCUAGACGAGUUCAAGAAGGACAAGGAAUUCUUCGACGAGCACCACGACUCUGGCCACCACGAGGACCAAGGCGGCCACCACCACGAGCACGGUCACAAGAAAGGUGGACACUUCAAGAAAGGACAUCACGAUCACGGCGAUCACGAGGAUCACUACGGGAAGAAGGGACAUUACGAGAAGGGGCAUCAUCAUCACGAUCACAAGGGCUACAAGAGCGAGGGUGGCCACGACGAGCAUCAUGAUCAUCACUCCAACCAUGGCGACAAGGGAGGACACGACGACCACAAGUCCUGGGGAUUCAAGAAGGGCCAUUAA